AUGGCAGAAACAUUCGUUGCAUUCGUGCUGAUGGGCAGUCUGGCCUUGGGCCAUGUCAAUCACCAGAACAGCACUUACAGCAACCCAAUUCUUCCAGGGUUCCAUCCCGAUCCCAGCUGCAUACUCGUUCCAUCCUGGGAUAAUACCUACUUCUGUGCCUCGAGCAGCUUCAAUGCCUUUCCCGGGAUACCAAUCCACGCCUCGAAAGACUUGCGGAACUGGAAGCUGAUUGGAAAUGCUAUCUCGAGGCCCGAGAUGCUGCCGAAGCUGGCGGAGACCAUCAAGGACACCAGUGGGAUAUGGGCACCCACACUUAGGUACCGUGGAGAAGAGAGCGGCAAUAAGAACAAUGGAAGUGGACAUGGGGGAGGUCGAUUUUGGAUUAGUACGACGCUGGUGUUUGAUGAUUUGCCGUCUGACGAUGAAUCGCGUUGGGACAAUUUUGUGAUAAGCACAGAUGAUCCCUUUGAUUCAGAUAGUUGGACGGACCCCGUACAUUUUGACUUUGGGGGUUACGAUACCUCGUUGUUUUGGGAUGAUGAUGGGCAGGUCUAUGUAACAGGAAGUCAUGAAUAUAAGGUCUGGCCUGGGAUCCAAACUGCCACGAUUAACCUACAGACAGGCGACACAGGACCUUGGACAAACCCAUGGAAUGGCACGGGGGGCUUGGCACCAGAGGGUCCGCAUCUGUAUAAGAAGGACGACUACUACUACCUAAUGUUAGCCGAAGGUGGCACAGGAGAAGGACACAUGGUGACCAUGGCGCGGUCCAGAAAUAUCAACGGACCCUAUGAGCCCGCGCCUCACAAUCCCGUACUCACCAACGCGAAUACCACGGCUUUUUUUCAAGCAGUGGGACACGCUGAUCUGUUCCAGGAUACCCAGGGCAGCUGGUGGGCAGUCGCGCUGUCAACACGCUCUGGACCUGAUUUCGAAAAUUAUCCAAUGGGAAGGGAAACAGCUCUGACCCCCGUUACGUGGGAAAAGGGCGAGUGGCCGAUCCUUCAGAAUGUACACGGUAUCACCAGCGGAUGGGAACUCGCUUCGGACCCCGUCCUUGUCUCCGACGGGUAUGAGAACGCACUGGUACUUCGUUCGUCCGUGUUCAAUCUGACCUCUACCGAUGGACGAUCCACCGGCGGUAAGGGCCAGACAUUCAUCGGCCGACGUCAAACAGACAGUCUCUUCACGUAUCUCCUAGACAUUAACACUUCCACUCUGCGUGAUAAGGAGGAUGAGGUGGGCAUCAGCGUAUUCUUGACGGAGGCAUAUCAUUUUGACCUGGGAAUCGCUCUCCUUCCACAGGGAGACAAGACCGAGACUGCCGGUGAACUUGCACCCUUUUUUCGUUUUCGUGGGAUGUCGGGGAAUUCUGUCCCGGAGACGGUGUUCCGGUUCCCAUCGUAUAUGUCUAUCGACACACCGGUGACUCUGGAAAUUAAAGCGUUUAACUGGACACACUACUCAUUCGCUGCGGGGCCACAGGGUGCUACACAUCUCCUGCAGACAUACGGGGUCGCGCGUGGAGACCAGCUGAGUGCGGGCUUUACGGGGACGUUAGUAGGUCCUUAUGCAACGACAAAUGGCCGAGAGGGAAGUGUGAAUGGGGAGUUUGAGGUGUCGGUUGGAAAUUGGACGUAUUUACCACAAGGGCAGAUUAUUAAUUAG